AUUUAGUUUCAACGUUUUGUCAACUUUGAUAGAUUGUCAUGGCAACAGUUUUAGUGUUAGGAGGAGGAGGGCGUGAGCAUGCGUUGGCAUGGAAGCUGGCCCAGUCAGCUGAUGUCCGUCAUGUUUAUGUGUCCCCUGGUAAUGCUGGAACAGAGAGCUGCCCCAAAACAAACAAUGUAGAUGUGAAUGUGAAGAACUUUACAGCAGUGGUAGAAUUCUGUCAGAAGGAGUCCGUAUCUUUAGUUGUGGUUGGACCAGAAGACCCCCUGGCUGCUGGGAUAGCCGAUCACCUGAAUAGUCAUGGAAUCCCCUGUUUUGGCCCCAGUGCUAAGGCUGCCCAGAUAGAGGCCAGUAAGGAUUUCUCCAAACAGUUCAUGUCCAGACAUGGAAUCCCCACAGCCAGGUUCUGCAGCUUCAGGGACGCCAAGGAGGCAUGUCAGCACAUCAACCAAGCUGACUACCCUGCCUUAGUGGUGAAAGCUAGUGGACUGGCCGCAGGGAAGGGGGUGGUGGUCACCAAAACUAAACCCGAGGCCUGUCAGGCUGUGUGUGACAUGUUAAAUAACAAGGUGUUUGGUUCAGCAGGAGAGACAGUGGUUGUAGAAGAACUCCUGACGGGAGAUGAAGUCUCGUGUUUAGCUUUCUGUGAUGGUUCCACGAUAUCCAUGAUGCCCCCCGCACAGGAUCAUAAACAACUGAAUGAUGGAGACACAGGCCCCAACACAGGGGGAAUGGGGGCCAUUUGUCCUUAUCCGUUGAUAUCAGACAAAGAUUUGGAGAUCAUUAGAAAGGAGAUAUUACAGAGAGCUGUGGAUGGGAUGAAGAAGGAGGGCUAUCCAUUUAUUGGUGUUCUUUAUGCUGGGGUAAUGCUAACAUUUGCCGGACCAAAAGUUCUGGAGUUUAACUGUCGAUUUGGAGACCCAGAAACUCAAUCUAUCCUGCCUCUACUGGAGUCUGACCUGUAUGAAAUAUGUCAAGCCUGUGUGGAGGGAAAACUCACCCACAACCUCCCACAGUUUACCUCUGACCUGUAUACAGCGGGGGUGGUGCUAGCCAGUGGGGGAUACCCUGGGAUGUACAAGAAAGGGUUACCUAUCUCAGGUAUAGAUGGGGUGGAGAAGUUAGGACCCAGAGUUCUGGUGUUCCAUGCAGGGACGGCCAAGCAGGAGCAGGGUAUAGUGACCAGUGGUGGGCGUGUCCUGGCUGUCGUGGCCGUGAACUCUGACCUCCAGUCAGCCUGUACAGAAGCUGAGAAGUGGGCAGGGUUUAUCAAGUUUGAUGGAGUGUAUCACAGAUCUGAUAUUGGAUUCAGGGUGUUGGACAGGCAUCAAAAAACAAUGUUACCCCAACUCUCAUACCAAGAUUCCGGAGUUAACAUUGAGGCUGGUAACAGUCUGGUUAAGGCCAUUCAGCCAUUGGCUAAAGACACCAUGAGACCUGGAUGUGAUGCUAGUCUGGGUGGAUUUGGUGCUUUGUUUGACAUCAAAGCUGCAGGAUUUACUGAUCCUAUACUGGUGUCUGGUACAGAUGGAGUGGGCACAAAACUUAAGAUAGCUCAGGAAGUGGGUGACCAUUCGACCAUUGGUCAGGACUUGGUGGCCAUGUGUGUAAAUGACAUCCUGGUACAGGGGGCGGAGCCUCUGUUUUUCCUGGACUAUUUUGCCACAGGUCACCUGAAUGUAGACACAGCCAGGGAAAUUAUCACAGGGAUAGCCACAGGCUGUAGACAAGCCAGGUGUGCCCUUGUGGGGGGAGAGACAGCUGAGAUGCCAGGAAUGUAUCAGGGAGGGGAGUACGAUCUGGCUGGGUUUGCUGUCGGAGCUGUGGAACGUGGACAAAUUCUACCCAGGAUGCAACAGAUGCUGGAGGGGGAUGUUCUGAUUGGUUUGGCUUCCAGUGGUCUCCAUAGUAACGGGUUCAGUCUGGUGAGGAAGGUGGUGGAAAUGUUUGGGUUGAGAUAUGAUGCUCCCUCCCCCCUCAGUAAAGGGAAAACCCUGGGAGAGGAGCUUUUGGUACCCACAAAGAUUUAUGUCACAGAAUUACUUCCCUUGAUGAAUCAGGGUCAUGUGAAAGCUUUUUGUCACAUCACAGGAGGAGGUUUACUGGAGAAUCUCCCCCGCGUUUUACCGGGACAUUUGAAGGCUCAGAUUGAUGCCAGCCUGUGGGUGAUGCCUGCAGUCUUUGGUUGGCUGGCUCACAAGGGCAACAUUACGGCCAGUGAGAUGGCUCGGACAUUUAACUGUGGAGUGGGUGGGGUUCUAGUGAUUGACAGAUCCCAGACAGAGUUUGUACUACAACAUUUACUGACCUCAGGGCUGAAGGCCUCGGUCAUAGGAAAACUUCAGGACAAGCAAGGGGGAGAGAGUGUUGAAAUCAAGAAUCUACAAAAAGCAUUGACCGAGUCAUGGAAGGUCCCUUGUGUCUCUAAGAAAAAGAAAGUUGGAGUUCUUAUUUCUGGAUCAGGAACCAAUCUUCAGGCUUUGAUAGACAGCACUAGAGGAGAAAAUAACAGCUCUUCUGAAAUUGUCCUUGUCAUCUCAAAUAAGGCAGGGGUACAGGGACUGGAGCGUGCUCAGAAGGCAGGGAUCACAACUAAGGUGAUUAACCACAAGGAGUUUGGGAGUCGUGUAGAGUUUGAUUUGGAGGUAGACAGAGUUCUGAGAGAGGCCUCAGUGGAUAUUGUUUGUCUGGCCGGCUUCAUGAGAAUUUUGUCAGGAGAGUUUGUGAAGAAAUGGAGGGGACACUUGUUAAACGUUCAUCCCUCACUGCUGCCUUCCUUCAAAGGUCAUAAUGCACAUGAACAAGUCCUGGCCUCGGGGGUCAGGAUUUCUGGGUGUACGGUCCACUUUGUAGAGGAGGAAGUUGAUGCCGGGGCCAUUGUUGUCCAGGAGUCAGUUCCGGUGUAUCCCAGGGAUACUGUCACCUCAUUGGCUGAGAGAGUAAAGAGGGUGGAGCAUAAAGCCUUCCCACGAGCCCUAGAACUGGUGGCCAGUGGUCAAGCGGUUCUGAAGGAUGGAGUCAUACAGUGGGGUUAGAGAAAGUGGACAGAGGUGUAAUACAAUAAGAUAAAUCUACUCAGGAAAGUAUAACCGGAAUAUUUUUUUCAAAGACUAAAUAAGUUGGAUCCAUUUUUUUUUCAAAAAUAUGCAAUUAAUUAGAAAUUCAUUAGUGCUCUACAAAUGUAUUUGUAGACCCCUGCUAUUCUGCUUUGUUUAUGCUUUCUCCUUGCAAAAAGUAACUUUUUGGACCGCACUUUAAAGGAAUCAACUAUUCAGUUUUAUUUGAUUAUUACAGAAAAAACCAUUGCUGCACAAACAAAGAAGUAGCCUUGUGAUAUUGUUAUAUUAUUAAUUUUUUGCAAGAAUUGCCAAGAAUACAAAUAAAUACAAUAGUUUCACAAAGAAAAAAAAAUUUAAACAUGCUAUCCAUAAAAUUUGGAACUCUUCUUUCCUAUAGCUUACCUGUCUUUGUAUACAGACAUUUCUUUUUUUAAAAAACUUGCAAAUAUGAAAUUCUACAAAUAUUUUUUGCAUUUAUCUAUGGUUUGAUUCAAGGAGAUGUACUAUAGACAUGACAUUUUGUCUCAAAUAAGACAUGAUUGAAUACAUCUUGCAGCAAAACACCAAAUCCUCAAAAAGGAAGAAACAAGCUCUCAUUACUAAAAUAAAGGAAAAGCGAAGACAAAUUUAAGGGAGAUAACAUACACUGUUGAAUGAAGUUUGUAUCUAUCUGAGCCAUUAAUUUGAACCAUAUUGUUUACCAUUGUCAUAUGUUACAAUAGUAUGUGAUGUAAGAGUGUAAUAAAAUCUAUAAUCAGAGUUAAUUUUAACACUACACUGGUAUCAGUUGCUUCUGUGUAUUUCUUUUUUUUUUAUUAUGAAUUUAAUUCUAAGCAUAAUAAAUACAAUGGUGACCAUGUUAUUUGACGUCUAUAUACCAUACACAAGAAUCUGAAAUAUUUGUUUUAUUGACCUUUGAACUUUUGUCCAAUAUGUCCAUCUUGAUCCUCAUAUUUUACAAAAAGACUUAUUUACUUUCUUUUUCACCUGUCAAGUUGAUUAUAAAGUUUAAGUCUGAACAAUUUUUGUUUUUUGAUUGUUUGUAAUGCAAUAAAUUGUGAUUUUUUUUAUGGUUAUUUUCUCUACAUUAAAGUGAGGAAACCCAAGAUAUGUACAUUAAAAGUGCCAUACUCAGAACCAUCGUAUUAGUUUUAUGAUAUACAUGUAGCUUAAGUUGUAACUUACUAGUAUUUAAGAAAAACAUAAUACUCUCCAUAUAUGUGUACAUUCAAAAUACUAACAUUUACAAGUACAUUGUAUGUGAUCUUUAUUAUGAAGGUCUUCAGGCAAUAUGGGUCUAUCUCAUAUGUACAUCCUGAUAUA